AUGUGCAUAUGGCUCUUGAUAUUUUUCACCUUUAAACCAGCACUACAGUGUAAAUGGCCUAUUGUUGAUGCAUUGUUCGUUGUUGAUAGUACAAUCAACGUUGGCAUAUUCAAUUAUGAAUUAAUGAAACAGUUCGUAAAUACUGUCAUUGGGCAGAUGAAUAUUGGAGAACGGAACACUCGCGUUGCCUACGCAUCAUUUACUCCAAAGCCUGUAUAUGAAUUCAACUUCAAUUCAGGAACAAACAGGGAUACCAUGACUCAGCAGAUUGAGAAUCUGCGGUAUAUGCCAUGUGUGGCUAGCGAAAAUGAAGAUUGCGAACCUCGAGCAAGCAUCAACAGUAUAGCCAGUCACGAGUUAACGCAGAGUUCUGGAGACAGGCAACCAGUUCCCGACGUUGUCAUCAUAAUUUCGUCUGUUACUUACCGAAUACCUGAAUUGGCAAGUAUUGAUUCUUUUCAGAAACUUUUGCAAAGCCUUGAUAUUGAGUUUUUUCGACAGCCGCAUUAUUUUACAAAUGAUUCAUUUAUUUUGAACAUUAUUUCGAGGACACGUAGGCGUUGUAGGCGAUUAGUUGCGCUGUGUUUUCUAAUUUUUUCUUUGGCUUUUGAGCACUAA